UUCUUUUAAGAUUUUAAAUAGAGUAUUUGAGGGUAAAAAAAGAAGAAGAAGAAGAAAUGGCAGAUUCUUCACGAAGUUCAUUGAUUCUUCUAUUUUCUAUGCUUCUUUUAAUUACUCUAUCCCAUAUGACUGAGGCUUCUGGUAGUGCUAAGCUUCGUCCUUCAGAUUGCAAGCCAAGAUGCAGUUACCGAUGCUCGGCGACGUCGCAUAAGAAGCCAUGCAUGUUCUUUUGUUUAAAAUGCUGUUCUAAAUGCCUAUGCGUGCCGCCUGGUACUUAUGGCAACAAGCAAGUUUGCCCUUGUUAUAACAAUUGGAAGACCAAAGACGGAGGUCCCAAAUGCCCUUGACAAUUUCCCAUUUUUCUUAAUUUUUUUUUUCUAUUAUUGUUGUCUUAAAUAAGGUUACUUUAAUUAAGAAUUAUAUGAUGUUUCAUUGUAUUUUUAGUCUAGGGUAUAGAUUCCUAAAAAAGGUGAAUCUUAUCCAUCUAUUGGAAGUUUUUGGCUCUA